CAAUCCGUCUGAGGAUUUCAUAAGAUCGAGCAAAGAAAACGGAAGCACGGUACAGUAUGCCAUCCACACCCGUGGGAUACAAAGGAAAUGGAUAAUUUUAAAGGCUGUUUCGACCACUGUCCGCUGUUCCUUUUAGAAGUUUCAAUCUGACAUCUGAAAUGGUCAUCUGGAAAGCAGCUAUGUGUUAGGACGUAGGCGAGGCUAUGUGUCACUUCAUUUCGUUCUCACAUGGUGCAGCAUGCUGACAGCCUCUAGCAACAUAUGAUUGCACGGUUUCUGUUUGUGACCAGAGAGAAGACUGAGGAGACGGCAGGUUCACAGCAUCAUUGAAGCAUUAUGACAGCCCAGGCAAUCAUUGACUUCUCUGCUGGAGCAAUCGGUGGUACAGCAUGUGUGCUGAGCGGUCAGCCGUUUGACACCACAAAGGUGAAGAUGCAGACGUUCCCAAACAUGUAUCGGGGCUUCAUCAACUGCUUCACUUCCACCUUCAGGCAGACGGGAUUACGUGGUUUCUACAGAGGCUUGACCCCUGCCCUCAUAGCCAACGUAACCGAGAACUCGGUUCUCUUCCUGAGUUAUGGGCGCUGCCAGGAAGUGGUUCGCUUUGUGUGCAAUGUGGAGAAAGGCUCUGAGCUCAGUGAUAUUCAGAAGGCAGCCUCAGGGUCUUUGGCAUCCAUCUUCUCUGCUACGGCCAUUUGCCCCACUGAGCUGAUAAAAUGUCGUCUCCAGGCCAUGCAUGAAAUGGAAGCAAGUGGCAAGGUGGCGAGUGGACAGAGAAGCACAGUGUGGACAGUGGUGAAGACUGUGAUGAGGACAAACGGCCCCCUAGGUUUCUUCCAGGGCUUGUCGUCCACCCUCGUCAGAGAGCCACCAGGUUACUUCUGCUUCUUUGGGGCCUAUGAACUGUGCCGCUCUACAUUUGCACACUAUAUGGGCACAGACAAAGACGGCAUUGGCAUUCUUCCUCUGAUGUUCAGCGGAGGGUUUGCAGGGGCUUGUCUCUGGGUGUUGGUUUAUCCUAUAGACUGUGUGAAAUCCAGGAUCCAGGUGCACUCUUUGGCUGGAAGACAGCUGGGAUUCAGGCAGACCUUUAUGGGAAUCAUACGGACUGAGGGGAUCUCCACUCUGUACUCUGGCCUGACUCCGACCCUGAUUCGCACCUUCCCUGCCAACGGAGCGCUCUUCCUGGCUUAUGAGUUCAGCCGCAAGUUCAUGAUGGAGCGAUGGGGUGCCUGAUGAGGAGGAUGUUUACACUUGAAAAAAGUAUUCUGGUCAAACACCAUUUCUGUUUUUAAGAUGAGAUGUGAAUUUUUUUCCAUAAGUUAAAAGGUGUGCAAAUGUUUGACAGAAUAUUGUUUUAAACCACCAUAAGAAACUGUUUUUUAUUGCUGUAUUGUGCUUUGAGAUAUUUUAAAACUUUGCUUCAUUUGCUUCAGUGCUGCACUGCUUUUUUUUUUUUUAAAUAAAGUUAUCUUAAAAUGAGUGAAUAUUUCCACAGUUCAGCUUUUUCUGCUGAAUCAGACUAACUUUAAAAAUAUUAUUUUAAUAAAAUUAACUGAACUGAAUGUUGAUCCCUUUGCAUCCGUUAAGUUCCCAAAAAUUCCAUCAUCUAUUGUAAUUUAAACAUAAAUUAAAGCAGAAAAUGACAAUUCCAGGGUGUUUACUAUUUGCAGAGAAGUUUUUGGUAAAUAUUCUGUGAAUUUUUAUGGAAAUUUCCAGGUAAUUUUCAGAAAAUUUUGAUGUUAAGUUUUCCAGAAAUAUUUAGAUU